AUGCUCGCCCCUCCCAGAGGCCUGGUGUACGCAAUUUACUACACGGCUCUUGCAGUGAUCGCGGUUCCAGUUAAUAUGGUGGCCAUUGUGAUCCUGUCCCUAGGAAACUGUGGCCUAAACAGAUGUAUCAGCCGAUAUCUUGUGUCCAUGGCAGCGACAGAUCUUCUGGUAAUUAUCACCGCUGUGAUAUUAAACCGGAUUCCCGCUAUUUAUUUUCCCGGUAGUUUCCUAUCCAUCACCCCCGUGCGCAGUCUCAGCACUGUGUUAAUUUACGCCGCCAGGGACAGUUCGGUUUGGUUAAAGGUCACGUUCACCCUUGACCGAUAUGUCGCCAUCUGCUGGCACACACUCAAAGCAAAGUAUUGCACCCACAGAACCGCUGGCAUUGUUGUCUCUGUCGUCUGUACUUUGGGCUGCGUGAUCAACAUUCCCUGGUACUUUUUGCACGAACCAAUGUACGUCAUUGACAACAUGCCCUGGUUUUGCAAACGGCGGGAUAUCCUUUAUUCUUUUCUGCUGUGGAAAGCAUUUGAUUGGACCGAUCGCGUUUUGACACCUUGCCUCCCGUUCCUGCUUAUUAUCUCCUUCAACGCUCUGACUGUUCGGCACAUUCUGGCGGCCAGUCGGGCCCCUAGGAGACUCCGCAGUUAUCCCACGGAAGUGAAACAGAGCGACCCGGAGAUGGAAAGCCGCAGAAGGUCGAUCGUCCUGCUCUUUGCAAUCUCGGGAUGUUUCAUCAUUCUGUGGAUGCUGUAUGUUCUCCAUUUCUUGCUGAAGCGAUUUCAAGCUGGUUACACAAUUAAUGGCUCCAAUGAUUACAGGUUAAUCCUAAGGGAAAUUGCCAACGUGUUUCAGAUGCUGGGCAAAUACGUGUUUCAGAUGCUGCACAAAUACGUUUGUCUACGCAGUGACUCAGAACAAAUUGUUGAAAGAGUUGAAAGUCCUGAUGAAAUUUACAUGGAACAUUUCACAUUCGUUUUCUAA